AUGUCAUCCCCAUCUAACAAUACGAAUAGCGAACAGCAGGGUGCUCUGACCGAUCUUCCAACUGAGCUUCUACGUGAGAUACUCGGCCAGGAUCGUCUGAAAUGGGAGGACUACUACAACCUCCGCCGUACAUCAUCUCGGCUAUUCCAGCUUGCUCGCGAGCCCAUGUACCAGGGAGGAGACUACUGCGUCUUUCGAGUGGCUUGCUUUCGCGGUGAUCUCGAUAUGCUAGCUCUUUGUGCUCAGUAUAGCGCCGUGCCGACGAAGUUCAGCUGGGAGACCCUGUCCGAGGGUCAUUUGGGUCUCACCCAGCCGGGAAAUGGCCUGUACGGAGGGCAGGCUGAGGAUAACUACCAGGAGUCUAGGCAUUACAAUGCCUGGGGCAAAGGGUUUUACGGGCCCGGCGACAUUGUUAUACUAGGAUUCUACGAAGGUAACUUUUCUGCAGAGAGAUUCAUCAAGGUUUGGCAAUGGCUGUCGGACCAGGGGUGUGAACUCUUCACUUUCAUGAAGCUACCCUCCGAGAUCAUCAUGGGCUUUCCUUGCUUCUCAUCUGCUCUCCUAUCCAUGCUUCCAACUGUUACCGACAAAGCACAUCACCGAUGCAUUUGCGACGUAAUCCAUUUUCUCUAUAGCAAGGGCUUGAGAAUCCCUCAUCCGGACAAGAGACUUUGGAGGAGAGGAACGUGGCCAGUUUAUUACCCUUUAGCCAGGGAAAAUCGCCCAACCAUGCUGCAGGCUUUGCUGCAGACCAAUUGCCCAUCGUCCAUUCUUGAGCUCUACUUGAGACAGGUCAAUGAUGAGGGCCUUGUUUUCGAUUAUACUAACACAUGGCAUUCAUCCUCCCACGGACUGGGAACAAUCUCGGAAUUUCUUUCCAUCCUGUUCGAUGACAUAUUCGCUCCCUGGAUCUUCAAGGGUGACAGUACCCGCAGUAUGAGCGAUGAUCUCCAGGCAAAGAUCUGCUUACUAACUCAACAUCAGGGUACCAAUGCUUUCGAGCUGUACAUGCUUCGGGACAUUGUUACCGCAUUGCGAAAGAUUGAUGCCAGAAAGGUAAGCCAAGGUGGUCUUGACUUUGAGCGUGAUGGCUUAUGGUGCUGGUAUGAGCUAUGCACAGCAGUUGCUUAUAUCUCUGAUGAGGACGUUCAAAAGGAAACCGUGAAUCUUCACUUCACCGACCCGGGAGACUUGGAGAUGAUUAACCCAUACUUCAGUAGAGGGUGGCUCCCUCACAAAGAACUGGCGUAUGCGAGGAGAAAGGUUCUCGAGAAGAGAGCUCUUGAGUCUGGGCAAGACCCCAAGGACGUUGAGCCACAAGGAGAUGAGCCAGCCGGACGUAAGUGGGCCCAGAUGCCACUGGAUGCUUGGGAUUACAUUCCUAGCCACUCUAUGAUGAUACUCUAUGAGGCUAAAAUGAAAGGUGGCAGAUUGUAA